AAGAAACCCAAAAAUUUCGUAAAAAAUGUGCGCACUUUUACAAUACUCUUCCCCUCUCACACUCCCACUUCGGGGACACGAUUUGGUCCACUUUCUUUUCUCUCCCUCCAUUAUAUUUACUUCCCCUCCACCACUCUCUCUCCUCCAUUUCUAGCUUUUUUCUCCAUUUCUCUUCACUGUCCUCCUUUUUUCCCUUUUCAAUUUCAACCCUAAUUUCAAAUUAUCUCAUCAUUUCAAUCAUCAUAAUCAUUUCAACCAUCAAAAUCAUUUCAAUUUUUCUGCGAUUAAUUGAAUUGAAUUGAAGAACAAAUUUCGCAAAUGUCGAUUAAUAGUGGAAGCUGGAAUCAUUCCAGAAAUGGAAAUUCCAAAUCCUCCAUUAAUAAAACUCAUAAUUCCUCCAUUAAUUUAAACCCUAGGUCUUCUCUUUCUUCUUCUAAUGUUUCUGUUAAAUCUAAUAAAUCUUCGUCUUCUGCUACCUCUUCGCUUCGUCGGAGUUCCCCUGCUUCUCUCUCCUCCGCCAAAAACGACGCCGCUGUUUUGGGGAGAGUACGAGUUGCUGUGAGAUUACGACCUAGGAACGCAGAGGAGUUGGUUGCAGAUGCUGAUUUUGCAGACUGUGUAGAGCUACAACCAGAGCUUAAAAGACUAAAGCUUCGUAAGAACAACUGGGACUCAGAUACUUAUGAGUUUGAUGAGGUUCUGACCGAAUUCGCAUCACAAAAACGCAUUUACGAGGUUGUGGCGAAACCUGUUGUGGAGAGUGUUUUGGAUGGUUAUAAUGGAACAAUUAUGGCAUAUGGACAAACUGGCACUGGAAAAACUUACACACUAGGACAACUUGGAGAGGAAGAUACAGCUGGUCGUGGAAUUAUGGUGCGUGCAAUGGAGGAUAUUUUGGCUGGUAUUCGUUUGGAUACUGAUACUGUCUUAAUUUCCUAUUUCCAGUUGUACAUGGAAACAAUACAAGAUUUACUUAAUCCUAGUAAUGACAACAUCUCCAUCAUGGAAGAUCCAAAGUCUGGAGACGUUUCGCUCCCUGGUGCUAGUUGUGUUGAAAUCAAGGAUCAAAAGAGCUUCCUAGAGCUGCUAAGAUUAGGGGAAGCACACCGCUUUGCUACAAAUACCAAAUUGAAUACAGAAUCUUCUCGUAGUCAUGCUAUUUUGAUGGUACAUGUGAGAAGAUCUGUCAAGGAUAGGGAUUCAGCUUUACCAAAUGAGAAUGGAAGUAGCUCUCAUGUUAAAAACCUCAAACCUUCAGUUGUGCGAAAGGGCAAACUCGUCGUAGUUGAUCUUGCAGGUUCUGAGCGUAUUGACAAGUCAGGAAGUGAUGGUCAUGCCCUAGAGGAAGCUAAAUCUAUCAAUCUCUCUUUAAGUGCAUUAGGAAAGUGUAUUAAUGCUCUUGCAGAAAAUAGUGCGCAUGUUCCAGUUCGCGAUUCAAAGCUUACUCGGUUACUUCGAGAUUCAUUUGGUGGUACUGCUAGGACUUCAUUGGUUGUUACAAUUGGGCCAUCCUCACGUCACCGAGGUGAAACAGCGAGCACCAUAAUGUUUGGACAAAGGGCGAUGAAGGUGGAAAACAUGUUGAAAAUAAAGGAAGAAUUCGAUUAUAAAAGUCUGUCCAGAAAGCUUGACAUACAACUAGACAAAUUAAUGGCAGAAAGUGAAAGGCUACAAAAGGCUUUCCAGGACAGGAUUGAUCAGAUUGACAAGGAGGCACAAGAUCGUGUAUCUGAUGCUGAACGAAAGUACGCUGAUGCUUUGGAGGAAGAGAGAUUAAAAUAUCAGAAAGACUAUAUGGAGGCAGUAAAGAAGCUUGAGGAGCAAUGGGCAAUCAAUCAGCGAAAGCAAAGCAAUGAAGCCAGUACAUCUGGUGCUAAGCAUGAUAUGUCAGUCAAAUCAUGCACAAGAGAGGCGUGUCAGGUACAUGCUAAUGAAGAAGUUACUGAGGUGAAAAGGUUGCUUCAGAGUGAAAAGCUUCUGAGGAAGGCUGCUGAAGAUGAGGCAUCCAAUCUUAAAAUGCAGCUUGCGCAAUCAAAGAAACAAGAGACAGCUGCAAAUUCUGAAAUGUUAAAGCUUCAUCAGAUGUUGAAGGAUGAGGCCAACCAACGAGAAAAACUUGAACGUGAGAUAGCUAUGCUACAAGGGCAAUUGUUGCAACUAAGCUUUGAAGCUGAUGAGACUAGAAGAAGACUUGACAAUGGGACCUCUAAAGUUCAUGUUGAGGUUGAUACUCAAGUGACACAAGUUCAAGGCGUUCAACCUCAAACAGAUGAUGCAGGAAAUGAGGAUAAGAGUUCAGUAGCUAAACUCUUUGAACAAGUUGGUUUGCAGAAGAUAUUGUCAUUACUUGAAGCAGAAGACGCUGACGUACGAAUUCAUGCUGUGAAAGUUGUUGCAAAUUUGGCCGCAGAAGAAACUAACCAGGAGAAGAUUGUUGAGGCCGGUGGGCUUACUUCUUUGCUAAAUCUUCUUAGAAGCUCUGAGGAUGAGACCAUACAUCGAGUUGCUGCUGGUGCUAUUGCAAACUUAGCAAUGAACGAAACCAACCAAGAGCUAAUAAUGGCCCAAGGAGGUGUAAGUUUGCUAUCAGUAACAGCUACUAAAGCAGAGGAUCCUCAAACCCUUCGCAUGAUUGCUGGAGCAGUUGCUAAUCUUUGUGGCAAUGACAAACUGCAGGCCAAACUCAGAGGUGAAGGUGGUAUCAAGGCAUUGUUGGGGAUGGUCAGAUUUGGACACCCUGAUGUUCUUGCACAAGUUGCUCGUGGGAUUGCAAACUUUGCAAAAUGUGAAUCCAGGGCAUCAACUCAAGGAUUUAGAACUGGGAGAUCUCUGCUUAUCGAGGAUGGUGCACUCCCUUGGAUUGUACAUAAUUCCAACAAUGAAGCCUCAUCAAUUAGGCGGCACAUUGAACUGGCACUCUGCCACCUUGCUCAACAUGAGGCAAAUGCUAAGGACAUGAUUAAUGGGGGUGCUCUGUGGGAACUUGUUCGCAUAUCACGUGAUUGUUCGCGCGAUGACAUUAGGAGUCUUGCACGCCGCACACUUGGUUCUAGUCCCUCUUUCCAAGCUGAGCUGAGGCGGCUGAAUGUAGAUCAUUGAUUACUGCCUCGUACAUAAUCAAGUACGGACAACAGAAGCGUAGAAUUUGUAUAUUGGGUUUAGGUAGGGUGAUUCCUUUAUUAUUUCUUUUAUUCUCCCUUCUUUUUGUGUUUAUUUUUUCCAUAUUACUCGAGAAGUCAUGUUUUUUCCUGUGCCUGGGAAACAAGAAUAGGUAGAUAAGGUUAUUUACCGUCAGUAUCAUUGUUAUACUGGUCGAUUGAUUUAUUUGUAAAGAGCGAGUUUUACCAUGGGUUUAUUUUUAUCCCGUUUCUUGGAGAGCAUAUCGAGCCAAGGAGCAAGUCUUCAAUGUGGGCGUAUCAGGCUUCAUAGUUGUAACUUAUUACAAGUAGUUGUAUAAAAGUACGAGGAAUUGUUGUUAUAAUUAGACUGGCAAUUUGAAGAGGUAAAUUAUAAACAUUAUAGUAUAUUAUUCUGACAUGUUUGUUGAAAGCCAGCUUUCUUCUUCACGCCUGUCAUAUGGUCCUGCUAAUUUAGGAAACCAGAGUACAGGUUGAUGUUGCUGGUUUCAGAUCAGGUUGUGCAGAUCCAAAGCCAGCAGGAGUGCUGCCCAUUCAGUGUUGGUGUGAUAGUCUAGGGAAUAAUUAUGAUUAUGGCUGUCUUCUUACGUUAUGUUUAUUCCUUUGUGAAAUCUUUUAUCGCACUCAACAAUAUAUUCAUGUCUGGAAACUCAAGGAAAAGAUCGAUUACAUUCACCGUCCUUUUUAUCUUUGAUGUAAACAAGGUCCGUCACUUGUGAUCCGAGUUUCCUAUCUAUGAGCUAAGUUGCCUAUGUUGCAUUUACAUAGUACAUAAGAAAAUAUUGUGAAGUAAAUACUUUGAUAAUAUUGCGUCAA